AUGAUGAAUAGAAAUCUAUUUAAGUUGUUAUAGUUAUCUACAAAGAGCGUAUCUUUCAACUGCACCAAGUUGAAUUAUAAAUUUGCAACCUUCCCUUCAAAGGAAUAGAUGAGAUUUUAAAAAAAUAUGGGCUAUAAUGGUUUUUAGCCCAACAUCGCAUUCAAGGAUGAUUUAUAUUUUCCUCUUGAUAACCCAGUCUAAAGACAAGGUUUGGAAGAUUUGAUUAAUCACAUCAAGGUCAAUCCUAAUUUAGCUAUUGAAGGAAGAGGUUUAUGUACUAUUCUUUACAUUAUUGCUAGAGAAGGAAAGGAUGAGCCAUUCAUUUUCAAAGAAUUAGAAAGACAUUUAUAUAAAUUUAAGGAAAACCUCUCUCCUCGUUUAUCUUUCGGUGGUUUGUAUGCCAGUUAUAAAUCUAACUUAGCAAGUCCUUAUUAAGUAUCUUUCUUUGAAGACGAGUUUACCAGAAAUUCAUAAUAAAUCAAUGCUUACGAAGCUAUUGAAAUUCUUCAAACUAUGUUUGAAAAUACAACUAAAGUUAAUGAACACAAAAUUUAGUACUUCCACUAGAGUGUUAAGCCUAUUAUUGUUUCAAAUUUCAGCAAAUAAGUUAGACCUUACACCGGUAACCUCCUCAAGCUUUUCAUUGGUUUGAGAAAUAUGAACAUUUAUGAUGAAGAAUUGCAUGAGUUAAUUUUGAAGUAUUUACCUUACAGAAGAGGUCUCAAUAAUGUUAAAGAUAUUGCUGAAGUUUAUGAAACUCUUUGCGAUUAUAAGGAAAAGGGAAUACUCAAGUAAAAUAUAGAUGCUCAUAUUGAAGCCUUGGAAAAGAAAUUAACCACAAAGGAUGAUUGCAGAUGGAGAUAUAAUUUGAAGGAGAAGAGAUUUUACACUUACGACGAAUUAAUUGCUAAUAGAGACAACUACACUAUUAAGGAUCAACUUAAUCACAAGUAUCGUUUCUCUAAUCCCGAGCUCAUUGAGAAGUUCAACCUCGUGCAAUCUGAUAAGGAUGCUAUCAAGGCUGAAUUAGAAGCUAGAGAAAGAUCAAGAGAAUUAGAAAACUUGGUCCUCGAAAUGUUCGAAUUAAAGAACAGAGGUGAAGUUGCUCAAACUGAAGAUAAGAACACUCUUAAGGGAACAUACGAAAAUGUUAUCUUCGUCAAAGAAGGUGAAGAACUUGAAGAAGAAGAGGGUGCCGAAGAAAUCGAUAACGAACCUGCUGAAGAAGUCGAUGAAGGAUUGGAUUUCGAUCUUAAAUCUAGCAACAAACCCAAAGUAAAGAAGGAAAAGGGUCAAAAAUAAAAAAACAAAAACAACUGA